GGUUAAUGGUUGCUGCUCUACAUAUACCCUAAGCUUUCAAAAUUUUGCGCUCACAAAUGAAACUGCUACUUUCCGCCUCGCUCCUACUGGGUUUCGCUUUUUAUGUGGAAGGAGAAAUUAUCGAACAUAGACGAUUUAAACGUGGACAGCAGAGGUAUGACGCCAGCGACGUAAGUGUUCCUGCGCAAGUACAAGCAACUGUCGACGUGGAGCCAAGCGAGACUGUGAUCAAGAAAACAACAUACCGUACAUACCAAAUGCAGCCAACUGUGGUGAAGAAAUACAUUAGCUAUGGUGGUGGCUCCGUGGAUGGAGGUACCCUUGACUUGAGCAAUCUCGGUAUAAGUACGGGCACUGGAAAUCUCGGCGGGACCUUCAAAGUGAUAGGCGAUCCGACAGUACGUGUGAUACAAGGCAGUCCGACGGUAUAUCGCAGUCCGACAGUACAUCGUCAUUACAGAACAAAGGUGAGACGGGGCGAUUUUGGGAGACGAGGCUCAAUGGUGAUUAAUUACUGAAAGGAAAGGCGAAAAAAGUCACACACCAUCGAAUUUGAUUCAGAUACAGUUGCAUGAAACA